AUGACGCAGCCACAGACUAGGGAAAAGGAAAAAUUCAAGUUCUGUUCGGAUGGCGAUUGCCCGCUGUGGGCGCUGGCGGCGCUGCACGCGCUCGGCAGUCUGCCCGCCGCCAUGUUCCGCGCACUGCUGCAGCACAUCGUGGACGAGCUGCCUGUGAGUACACAAGUGCUGCUCGGCCUGCCCUAUGUGGCCGCUGCACGUAGGCGGUACUUACAAACUACCCCAUUGGGCACCUCAGUUCAAUCAAGAUCACUGGCGGCGCUGCACGCGCUCGGCAGCCUGCCCGCCGCCAUGUUCCGCGCGCUGCUGAAGCACAUCGUGGACGAGCUGCCUGAAGAUGGAAUCAUGGAUAUAUUAAGGGCCACUAGUUUAUCGUCUCGCGAGGAAUCCGCCAGAGCUGCAGCAGCCAUUCGCUGGGUGUUGCGGCAGACUUGGCGCGGCGGCUGCCCCGGCUCCCAACUAACUCGUGAUCUCCUGGUACUCGGUCUGCCGAGGACACACGCGUCAGCGCUGGCUGAAGCGGCAGACAAUGGCAGGGAGGCGUAUGAGGCCAAAGUACUGACUAGCGGAUUCAUGGUCAACAGGCUGACAGACAUAACGACGAGCCCUGGACCCGAAGGAACAGUGGACACAAUAAAGCUAUCGCUACACUCGGAGGAUGUCACUGGUGAACGCGGGCAGGACACCUUGCUGGUUCACAAGUCGCAAGUGACGACCUUGCUUAAGGAGUUGAAGCAGGCGUAUCAGAAAAUGGAAGAGUUGGAUAAUGUGGAAUAGACGCACUUGUUAAUUAUACGCAUGUGUAAACUCAUAUUUAAUUAAGAUUAAGC